AUGUAUGCCGUAUUUGCGGACGUAUUUGUUGAGCGACUGGAUAUUGAGCCAAAUGGUGGUUGUGUUUUGUAUAUAGCUAUGGGUAAUACACCCUCUAAUAAGAAGGGGGACCCCACCGAAAAUGAAAGUGCCCUGACACAAUCAGUGAAUCAGUACAUUAAGAUAUUUCUGGAGAAAGCGAAGGAGGACUUCGAGAAGAAGUGGAGCACUCCGUCGUCCAACACGGCAUCGCUGGACGACUUCGAGCGCAUCAAGACCUUGGGAACGGGAUCUUUCGGACGGGUAAUGCUUGUGCAGCGCAAACAGGGCCACAACGAGGCCGGCAAAUACUUCGCUAUGAAAAUACUAGACAAACAAAAAAGUGUGUGGUACGACAAUUGA